ACCUCUUCCAACUUCCUAGGGUAUAGAUUAUCCCAGUUUUCUCCCUCAGCUUCUCCGCAAAUUGCUUUAACAAACUCACCAAUUUACUUCUCAUUUUUCGAAUCCACUAAUUUUUCCAUUCACGCGUGAAAAGUCGUCGCCUUCGUCAUAUUCGAGACUCCAAAUCGAUUUAGAGCUUGAGUGAUUAGCCUAAUUUUUUUUAGGUCUGUUUGCGGGUGUGAUUGAGUUGGGCUUUCGCAAGGUUUUUGGGGCAUCCCUGUUUUUCCAUUUAUCAUUUUUGUGAUAUUUGAGAUUUUUGUGAUAAUUCGGAAAGUCAAAAUAUCAAUAUCAAGGUCAGACUUUGGGUACAAGCAUCUGAACAAUAUUCAGGAAAAUAGUUUUAUGGCAUUUGAAUGCCGACAAGAUACAGAAAUCGGCUUAAAGAACUGCUCAGGAAAAUGUGUGGAUGAACUUGGAAAGUCAGAACUCCUCUCCAAUCAAAUUGUUUUUGUGAAGAACGGAAAAACUGAAUCUUUGGGGAUUGAGAAACAGCAGUCUAUAUCGAAAUCAAAUUCUGAAAUCGGGUUAAGUUUCUCUGAAGCUUUGCCCAGCCAGCAUUGGUCCUUUUCUGAUCUACCUCCAGCAUUGAUAUCUGAAAUUUUUAAUUACCUAGAUCCAAAGGGACUUGGUAUUGUGUCUUGCGUCAAUACAUAUUUGUAUAGGCUUGCAUCUGAUCACUGUGUUUGGAAGGACUUCUACUAUGAGAGGUGGGGGCAGCCGGCAACCGCUGCCAAUUUGGGGCCAGGAGGUUCGGAUGAGAACUCAUGGAAGAAAUUGUUUGGGGAGAGAGAAUUCCGGAGCAAGACAUUUAUGGGACGUUACAGCAUCGAUACUCUGUAUGGCCACAAAGAAGCUGUGAGGACCGUCUUUGUGCUAGCUUCCAAAAAGCUGGUCUUCACAUCGGGAUAUGAUCAGGUGGUGAGAAUGUGGGAUCUGGAAGAAGGUUUGUCUAUAACAUCAUCUCGACCUCUUGGUUGCACCAUUCGAGCUGUUGCAGCUGAUACAAAACUUUUGGUUGCUGGGGGUACUGAUGGUUUUAUACAUGGUUGGAAGGUUGAGGAUGGGAACCCUCACUUGUUUGACCUUAGGGCACCACAAAAUCAGAAUAUGGAGUUCCGAAUCUGGGGACACGACGGGCCUAUAACUUGUCUUGCUUUGGAAUUCGGGAAAAUGUACAGUGGUUCAUGGGACAUGACUGUUCGUGUCUGGGAUCGUUCUUCUCUGAAAUGUUUGAAUAUCUUGGUGCAUAAUGACUGGGUUUGGAGCCUCGUUCCUCAUGAUACUACAAUUGGGAGCACUGCAGGUUCAAGUGCUUACAUUUGGGACACUGCUUCUGGAUCCCUGCUUUCCGUCAUUUACAGUGCCCACGCUGGUAACGCAUAUGCCUUGGCACGAAGCCACUCAGGGAAGCUUCUGUUUACUGGAGGGGAGGAUGGCUCCAUACACAUGUUUGAGGUCACUAGAAAUGUUAAGUGCAAUAUGCGAAGGAUUGCUACUUGGAUUCCUCACACUGGAUCUGUUUAUUCUCUUGCAUUUGAGUUCCCUUGGUUAGUUUCAGCUUCCAGUGAUGGGAAGAUAUCACUUAUUGAUGUGAGAAAGUUGCUGAAGACCAGCAAAAUUUCACCUACUGGAAAGGUUUCUAAGGGUAGCAAUGCGGACCAAAAGAAUGUGGAACCCCCACAGAGAAUGCUGCAUGGGUUCGGAUGCAAUUUGUUCUCUGUGGGUAUUGGUUCUGAUCGAAUUGCUUGUGGUGGUGAAGAUGGUGUUAUCAGGAUCUGGAAUUUUUCUCAAGCUCUUGAAAUUGAACAAAGAAUCCAGAGUUUGAGAGGUAUGAAGCUCGAGAAUCGAAUGAGGCGCCGUAAGCUCCAAAUUGAGAUGAGUAGUGGUAAAGGGAAUCCAGGUGAGCAGUGUUCAGCAGCUGCAAAGAAAAACCAGAUGAAUAGUGAUAAGAAUGGGUGGCAUAACAGGCGUAGAGUAGGUGGGAAGGUGAAAGUGUAGUUUCUGACUAUUAUUAUUUCCUUAUCAUCUUAGUUCUAAUUGGCUAGGUAUGUACUAAGGAAUAGUUCGAUUAGUAGCUUUGUAGUUUUCAAGUUGUUUACUGAAUGUUUAGCCUUUAUAAAUUCUCUUUCCAUUA